AUGUUAGUGAUACAUUUCCAAACAGGGAAAGAUAAUGCCACUGUUUCCUCCCCCUUUUCCUGUGCUAUUUUGAAUGCAGACAGUACUGCAGGGACACCAGCAAUAUCAACGACGACAAGUGUGGAAAUCCGCAAAAGCAGUGUUAUGACAACUGAGAUCACCUCCAAAGUGGAAAAAAGCCCCACGACAGCCAGUGGCAAUAGCUCAUGUCCUUCCACAGAGACUGAGGAAGAAAAGGCAAAAAGGCUUCUUUACUGUUCCUUAUGCAAGGUUGCUGUCAACUCCGCCUCACAGCUGGAGGCGCACAACAGUGGUACUAAGCACAAAACCAUGCUAGAAGCCCGGAAUGGAAGUGGGACUAUUAAAGCCUUUCCUCGAGCAGGAGUGAAAGGCAAAGGCCCCAUUAAUAAGGGAAACACAGGACUCCAAAACAAAACAUUUCACUGCGAAAUCUGUGAUGUGCAUGUCAACUCAGAAACACAACUGAAACAGCACAUUAGCAGUAGAAGGCACAAAGACAGAGCUGCUGGGAAGCCUCCAAAACCUAAGUACAGCCCUUACAACAAACUACAGAAAGCAGCGCAUCCACUGGGGGUAAAAUUAGUAUUUUCAAAAGAACCUUCAAAGCCAUUGGCUCCUCGAAUUCUUCCAAACCCACUCGCAGCAGCAGCUGCAGCUGCUGCCGUAGCUGUGAAUUCUCCCUUCAGUCUUCGAACUGCUCCUGCAGCCACCCUGUUCCAGACCUCUGCACUUCCUCCAGCACUGCUGCGGCCAGCUCCUGGACCCAUUCGGACCACCCACACUCCUGUGCUGUUUGCUCCUUACUGAAUUCCAAACUGGAGUCAUUGUACUGCAAUAAUUUUUCAAAAAACAA